AUGGCGAUUCCUGUGAUCGAUUUCUCGAAGCUCAACAGUGAGAAGAGGGCCAAGACAAUGGCUGAGAUAGCCACUGCUUGCGAGGAAUGGGGAUUCUUUCAGCUGGAGAACCAGGGGAUCUCGGAGGAGCUUAUGGAGAGGGUGAAGAAUGUGGCCGCUGAGUGCUUUAAGCUGGAGAGGGACGAGGGAUUCAAGAACUCUGCCGCAGUGAAGAAGCUGAAGAAUGUGGCCGAUUGCUUUUUAGAAUAUUACAACUCAUCUCUUUUCUCUAUCUCUAACGUCUUCAAUUAUAUUGUUGACAGGGAAACUAUGAUGGAGUACCGAUCUGAGUUGAAGAAACUUGCCGAGAGAGUGAUGGAAGUAAUGGAUGAGAACUUGGGAUUGCCAAAGGGCUACAUCAAGAGGGCAUUCAACAAUGGUGAUGGAUACAACGCCUUCUUCGGAACAAAGGUGAGCCACUACCCACCAUGCCCACAUCCUGAGCUCGUCAAUGGUCUUCGAGCUCACACCGACGCUGGAGGAGUCAUCUUACUCCUCCAAGACGACAAAGUGGGCGGCCUUCAAAUCCUCAAGGACGGCGAAUGGAUCGAUGUCCAGCCAUUAAGAAACACCAUUGUGAUCAACACAGGUGAUCAGAUUGAAGUCCUGAGCAAUGGAAAGUACAAGCGUGUUUGGCAUCGAGUCAAUGCUAAACCAGAUGGGAAUAGGAAAUCCAUUGCUUCGUUUUACAAUCCAUCACUCAAAGCCACCAUAGCUCCUGCACCAGAGCUCAUAGAAAAGGCUAACCAAGAAAUGGAACAAGUUUAUCCCAAGUUUGUGUUUGGAGACUACAUGUCGGUUUAUGCUGAACAGAAGUUCCUCCCUAAAGAACCAAGGUUCCAAGAUGUGAAAGCCAUAUAA